AUGAUUGCGACCGCCAUGCUUCCCCGUGUCGCUCUGCGUAGCGCUUCCACUGCCUCCCGCGCACUGCCUCUCCGCCGAGGCUUUGCUACCUCGCGUGUCGACCUCGCAAACACCCUCAUCUUUCUCGAGCACAAGAAGGGCAACUUUGCCGCCGCCACACUCUCCGCCCUCACCGCAGCACAGAAGCUCGGCGGUGACAUUGAUGCGCUCGUCGUAGGUGGUGAGGCUGACGCCAGCCAGGUCGCCGAAAAGGCCGCAAAGCUCCCUGGUCUCAAAAAGGUGCUCUUUGCCAAACAUGCCGACUUUGCCAACAACCUCUCCGAACCCCUCGCACCGCUCAUCAAGAAGAUCGUCGAGUCCAACUCGUACAGCCACGUUUGCACAGGUCACACCGCUGUCGGCCGUGACAUCUUCCCGCGUGCCGCUGCUUUGCUCGACUCGUCCCAAAUCUCGGACAUCAUCGGUCUCGAGGGUGAGGACACCUUUGUCCGACCCAUCUACGCCGGAAACGCCAUUGCCACCCUUAAGAGCUCCGACAAGGUCAAGGUCUUCACCGUGCGAGGUACUGCCUUCGACGCUGCUGCUCAAGAGGGCGGAAGCGCCACCACCGAGGAGGUCAAGCCCGAUGGCGUCGAAUCGCUCACCGACUUUAUCGAGGAGAAGGUCUCCGAAUCGUCUCGUCCCGACCUUGCCACCGCCCCCCGUGUCGUAUCCGGUGGUCGUGCGCUCAAGUCGGCCGACAACUUUGUCAAGUAUAUUGAACCGCUCGCUGAUUCGCUCAAUGCCGCUGUAGGUGCUUCGCGAGCCGCCGUCGAUGCCGGAUACGCCGACAACGCUCUCCAGGUGGGUCAGACGGGUAAGAUCAUCGCUCCCGAGCUCUACGUUGCCGUCGGUAUCUCGGGUGCCAUCCAGCACUUGGCCGGUAUGAAGGACAGCAAGACCAUCGUCGCCAUCAACAAGGACGCAGACGCUCCCAUCUUCCAGGUCGCCGAUCUCGGUCUGGUCGCUGACCUGUACGAGGCUGUGCCCGAGAUGCUCGAGAAGAUCAAGUAG